UCGCUAUUAUUUUGCUUUCCCCUUCUUCUCCGUUCUCCCAGAGCUCACUUCCUUUCAAUUCACCUCUAAAAUUAGACAUAUGGACUGUUCGGAGAAUCGUUGAAUGGAGACCUUGCAAGUGGUGGCUACAAGGAGAUCCCACUGAUUAUUGCAUUGGUUUUUUGUUGAAAUGCUGCAGCUCUGCCAGUAGAGACUAAUGGAUAUAUCCGAGUGGAUUGCUAUGGUGGCCUCAAUCAGAUGCGAAGAGAUUUGUGCGAUGGUGUUGGUAUUGCACGUCUGUUAAAUGCAACCCUGGUUUUACCAAAGUUUGAAGUGGCUGCAUAUUGGAAUGAAUCAAGGUAAUAGCAAUACGCCUUUAUCUUUGACAUUGGGAUUGUUCUGAGCAGUGAGCUCUAUAAGAUUGUGUUGUUAUGCUUGCAAGAAUUUGUUUGCAGUUUAGAAGCAACUAGCAGUAUAUGAGUGUUGCAUCCCAUCUUAGACAAUGGUGAAGUAAUGAAUGGAGGUUAUUCGUAGUUUUCCUUUGGUUUUACAUUUGUGCAAAUCUUGUAUAAUUAUUUUAUGGUUUAUUUUUAGGUACUAUCCUUGUAUGACCAAUUAUCUUGAUCUCAGCGGCUUUGCAGAUGUAUUUGAUGUCGAAUACUUUAUUCGCCAGAUGAAUGGCUUUGUUAAGGUUGUGAAAGAGUUGCCAUCAGAGAUUGCAUCAAAAGAGCCUUUUCGAGUAGACUGUAGCAAACGCCGAGGCCAAUUUGAUUACAUUGAAAGUGUUCUUCCAUCAUUGUUGGAACAUAAUUAUAUUUCAAUUACGCCAGCAAUGAGCCAAAGAAGAGAUAGGUAUCCACUAUAUGCUAAAGCUGCCCUUUGUCAAGCUUGUUACAGUGCAUUGCGCCUCGCAAGAUCCUUGAAGAAGAAAGCCUCUAAGCUUCUAGAAGCAAUACCCAAACCCUUUCUCUCACUUCACCUUCGUUUCGAACCUGACAUGGUAGCAUACAGCCAAUGCGAAUACUCCGGCCUUUCUUCUGCCUCCAUCAACGCCAUUGAGGCUGCACGAGGAGAUAGAAAACCAUGGACUGGAGAGCUGGCUCGCAUUUGGAGAAAACGAGGGAGGUGUCCUCUUACCCCUAAUGAAACGGCCUUCAUACUUCAAGCACUUUCCAUUCCCACAAACACAAAUAUAUAUCUGGCAGCUGGAGAUGGUCUGAUGGAACUUGAAGGUUUAACAUCUGUUUACACCAAUGUAGUUACCAAGUCUAGCCUCCUUACCGGUGAGGAUUUCACAAGCAUGCAUGGAAACACAAAAGCCGCAUUGGAUUAUCACGUGUCUAUUAACAGUGAUUCUUAUGUGGCAACAUAUUUUGGAAAUAUGGAUAAGAUGGUUGCGGCAAUGAGAGCUUUGAAGGGGUUGUACAAAACUCUCUUUUUAAGCAGGCGAGCUUUUGCAGAGUUCACUUCACAGGGUUUUAGCGGAAAAGAUUUGAUGCGAGCCCUAUGGAAGUCUCACAGAGAUAAUUAUGUCAUGGGAAUAGGGUCUGCUUUGCCCGACUGUUUUUGUGAAUUAACAUUGUGAUUUGUACAUUUCAAAUCUUUCUUUCCAUCUUUUUAAUGUUUUUUCCGUUCUUUAUUAUUAUAAACUAACUUGUAUUGUAUGACCACAUUUAGCCGUCAUAAAUUUUGCAAAAAGAACUAUUUGCAAGAUUUUCUUUAUAA